CACAGAUUGAAAGGUGCUGCAGAAAAGUCAGUAUGGUGCGAAAAUAAACCAAAACAGUUCUGUGGAAAAUUUUAUGUAAAUAAAAGAUUGUGCUAGAAGAACUAUUGCAACUUGAAGAAUUGUAUGCCUGCUAAGAACAAACUACACUUAAAAAAUACAAUAUAUAGCAGCGCUUUUCUUGGCGCCAAUAGGUCAAUAUUUUAAAGCAAUGGCAAAAUGUAUGAACUCGAAGCAUAAUAAGAAUGAGAAACAAACGCAUUCACCCAAUUUUAAAAAUGAAGCUUAAACACUUGCUGAUUAAUCAAAAGCUUAAUUAAAAAAUUAAAAAAUCUCGAAAAAGAAGCAACCGCUUAAAUAAUAUAAAAAGUAGGGACAGUAUAAAAAAAGUAAACGAGACGGCAGAAAAAGCGCUAAAUUUUCGUAAAAGAAAACACAAAAAAAAUCAAAAGCAUAAUACUCAAAUUCUGCCCAACCGCCUGCCACAGUCGAAAGUAGACGGCUGGAGGUUGGUGCAUACAAAAUUGGGUCAAAAGUUGAACAGCUAUACGAGCGCGUCGCCCCACUCUGCACGCCGGCGAGCCGACGCCGACGCCGACGGGGACGCCAACGCAGUGUGUUGUGUAAAAGGGAAAAUGUUAAGCAAAACACAAAAGCUCAUACUUGGCAUCAUAAUAUUGUUACUGGUCGAUGUAAUUUGGGUAUCAUCCAGUGAACUAACAAAGUUUCUUUAUGAAAAUGAGAAGUUCGAUAAGCCAUUCUUUUGCACUUACUUUAAGACUUCGAUGUUUGCCAUUUAUUUGGUUGUAAUCGGCUUGGUGACACCUUGGCGAGAGUCUUGUGAACGUCAAAAUGGCAGCUACACGGUUAUGGAUCAAGUGGCGGAUGAUGAGAACUAUUACGCAACCAAUCCCUCACUGAGUGAUCCCACAUUCAUCCCGAUACGCUCGAGUGGAGCCAUAUCGGGCACAGAGAGCGAUGGCUCGAGUGGAGCCAUAUCGGGCACAGAGAGCGAUGAUUCCAGCAUUCGUAGCGUGCGUUUUAGUAAAAUGGCUGAAGUGCGCGAAAUGUCUGCACAUGAAGCAACGGAAGCGUUAAUGGCGCGGCUUUCCUAUGCUGCUAGCAUGCGCAUACGCAGACAAAAGUCACAUCAUAAGACCGCUAAGACAGCGCUACUCUUCUGUGUGCUGUGGUUUAUUGCAAAUUAUUUUUUCCAAUUAUCACUCGAGUUGGGGGAAACAGCAAUGGUAACUUUACUGAGCUCCUCAUCUUCCUUCUUCACACUUGUGCUAGCGGCUUUCUUUCCUUCCUCUGUAGGUGAUAAAUUUACAAUAACCAAAUUUAUUGCAGUUGCUAUGAAUAUUGGUGGAAUUGUCGUCGUUACUAUUUCUGAUAUACAUGAAGCAAGAUUUUCUCGUGGUGCUCUUUUGGCGCUAUUCAGUGCUUUCUUCUAUGCCGCUUAUCUAGUUUUUGUAAAACGAAAAAGCGACACCGAGGAAAAAGUUGACAUUCCACUCUUUUUUGGCUUCGUUGGUCUCUGGAAUCUUUUACUCAUGUGGCCAAUAUUCCUUAUUUUGAAUUUUUUAAAAAUCGAACAGUUUGAGCUACCAAAUCAAAAUCAAUUCGCGAUACUGUUUUUAAAUGGUUUAGUUGGUACUGUGAUCUCGGAAGCGCUUUGGCUAUGGGGCUGCUUUCUCACCUCUUCCCUUAUUGGCACUAUUGCCAUGUCUCUGCAAAUACCACUAUCCAUUGUCUUUGAUGUUGUUUUAAAGAGAAAGCCAUAUUCGCCUAUGUUUUAUAUGGGCUCAAUACCCAUAUUUUUGGCGCUAAUAUUGGUGGCAUUGUUAAUGCGCAACGAUGACUCUGAUCCAUUAAUGAGGCUGUUUAAGGUCAUAUAUCGGAAAUCGUGCCGUUGUCGCAAACCAAAUAUAGUCAGAAUAAACGAUGAGGAACAGCAGGAAUCGCUUAUUGGCAGUAAUGACUGAGCUCACUUCCAGACAUUUUGCUCACACUAUAUAUAAUGGAAUAUGUUUGUGAAUAUGUAGCGAUAUCAUCUUCUAGCUCCUCUGUAGAAAGAAGGAACGUUUUUAAAAACAGUUUCAUUCUAAAUUGCUCAGAAAGCAAAACAACAAUACUCUGGCUGUAUUUCGAGUUUAAUUCGAAUUUUUAUUAUGAGAAAAUACAAAUCGCACAAAUAAUUUAUUUCCCUAAUAUGUAGGUAGUAUUCCCUAAUAUUUGCGCUCCAGGCGGUCUUAGGUUUCUCAUUAAUUUUAUUUUAUUUAGUAAAAAC